UCUGACAACCAGGAACAGAGCGGACCUGGUUCAAGCGCUGGGUACGGUCUGAGAUCGCGGAGAAUUUGAACGCCCGCCGCGGUUCGCCAGGCGAGAACUAUCGAGCAUGGAUGUCACGAGGGUUGCUUGAAGAACGGUCAAAGUUCGAGUUGGGAAGUUUCAGUACCGAGUGUCAAGUUCUCCGGAUCUUUAUUCGAUCCUCGUGGUUCGCGUGUGACCAAAGGCUAAAUAGUAUACCAGCGUGAAAUUCGUGUCGUGCGAGAUAUGCACGUACGUGUAGAGAGAUGAGCAGGGUAUGACUGCGGAGAUAGUGUCGUGGUGUGGUAUAACGGUUCGUAAAUCAAAUCGAAUGCGCAGUAGGCAAGUUGGCACCAAACUUCUAUUACCUCUUUCCACUUCUGCUGAUUUUUACACCCAUUACUAUCAUUGUUAUUCCCCUUCUUUCUUACGCGACAGUACAGUGUAGAACAUCGCUGAAGAGUACGAACGCCGAGCGCGGUCAAGCUGGUCAACCCGGAUCUUGGUGAACUUGACCUUCCGGCAAAUCAGUGCGGUUUUCUUAAGCUCCGGUGAUCCACCCAAAAUGACAGGGGCACUAGGUGCGGGAACUUGCGAUAGUCGCAGUUGAGACUCGUUUUAAUCCAAGGUCGUUAUCGAGUUUCAACUUUAACCCCCGGCGACAAAGCGCGGUCGAGGAGGCUCGCGAUAAGGUUUGAAAAGCUGAAGAACGGUGAACUCGAAGAGAGGCGGUGAGUGUUGAGUGAAAAGUUUGGAUGACGCCAGGCGACAGGGAUCACGAUAGUCUUCGAAAAAGUCAGCCUCACCCGCCGGCGAUCCUUUAGGUCAAAUUAAAACUAUCCGUCACAAACUGACACGUGUAUAUAUAUACAUAUAUAUAUAUAUAUAUAUACUAUAUAUGUACUAUAUAUAUAUAUAUAUCUAUAUAUAUAUACAUAUAUGUAUAUAGUAAUAUACUCAUCCGAUGAGAAGGGCGUGCGCUCUGACGGAUGAAAAAAUGUUAUGUACGAAAACGCUGGCUUCUUCAUGUCCUGAUCGAAGUCUUGUACGAGCAGAUGAAUACGGGAAGAAUGGCCGCAGCGGGAGGCCGCAGUGAAUCUUAACUCAAGGAAAUAGCUACUAGACACAAACCACGUACGCGGAAUAGCGAGAUUCCGUUCGUCACGAGUGGAGUUACAGCAGUUGGCGAAGUGUUUGAGCGCGGUUUCGCGCGUGCACGGUUAUACGGAGUGUUGAAGGGACGAUAUGUGAACCCGCCGGGAUGACGGCUUGAUGGGAGUGUGAAUCAGUGCGAGGUGAAUUAUCUCUAUGAUUAGUUGCAAUUCAACGUCGAUAUUAUCUGCCAGCGGAUACCCAUCGGCGACAGCUAGAUUAACAACGGCGAUAAAUAAGGGGCGGAAUAUUUGAAGAUCGAAAAAAUGAGCUGAGCGGCGGACAUGACUAUGAGAAGAAGUCCGAAGGCCUUGGGGGCCGCCAUAUUGGUUCUUCUGUUCCGUUCGCUGAAUGCAGCAUCGCUCCCCGUCGUGAAACCGUAUCCGAGGCUGGAGGACUUGCCGAAAAACCUCUGGCACGAGUUGAGCUCUCCUUUCACCGAGGUCUACGAAGAGGAAAGUCUCGCGACUGAAAUCGGCGCGACUCCCGAGCCUCGUCCUUUCUUCGAGGACGCGGACAGCAACAUCACAGCACAGCUGGGAACGCACGUUCACAUGCAUUGCCGAGUACACGAUCUCCGGGACGGAACGGUUUCUUGGGUCCGUAAACGGGGCGAAGAGCUGCACCUUCUGACCUUCCAGACGUUCACGUACUCAAACGACGCUAGGUUGUCGCUUGAUUAUCAACCCCCAAACGACUGGCGCCUUCUGCUACGAUACGUGACCGAGUUAGACGCCGGAGUCUACGAGUGCCAGGUCACCGCCCAUCCCCCGCUGAUCAGGGUCGUUUACCUCACUGUUUCCGUGCCGAAGGUGGAGAUUGUCGACGAACGCGGGGCGACCGCGGGGGACAAAUUCUACAAGGCCGGAAGUACGAUAGAGCUGAAAUGCGUUGUCAGCAAAGUGCCGCAUCCGUCCGGCUACGUCACAUGGCGUCAUGGUUCUCGCAUGCUCAACUACGACACGACUCGCGGAGGAAUCAGCGUGAAAACUGACAUGGGAGCGGAGGGCGCCGUCUCCAGACUCUACAUUGCUAAUGCAAAUAAAAAGGACAGCGGUAACUAUAGCUGCGCCCUCGCUGACGUGGCCGCCACAACAGUUUCCGUCCACGUGCUGAACGGUGAAAAUCCAGCAGCAAUGCAACACGGUGGAAGCGCCGGAUUGCGGGCGGCGUUUGCACUGACGUUCGCUCUCUCGAUUAGUUCGCUUCUGAGGUGACCACACAGUUUCAGCUGCAUCCCAAGAGAUACUUGUUAAAUUUACGAAUAAAUAGUAUAUGUAUGGUGCUAAACGUUAGCUUGCCGUUACGAGAUGGAAGACGAUGGAAGAGAAGAUGGAAGAGAUCAACAAAUCACGUCAUAUGCGACUAUAUUAUAUAACCCGAUAAGACCUAGAUGAUAACGUAUAGAUACAAAGUGACGCGUUUUACAGAGAAACAUAUAACUAUAAUUGUUUCGGACACGAGGGAUAGAAGUAACGAGAAUAAAUUUAAAAAACAAACAAAUUAUGUGUCUAUCUGUAUAAUUAUUAUAAUAAUUACUCAUCACGCGAGGAUACCAGUCGAGGAAAAUAUCUUUUUCCCUGUAAUCGGUUUGACCGCAGGAUCAAGUACGCGGUCUUCUCUGUGUUACACAUAUACCUGUCACGUGAUCGGCGUUUGUAAAUUACACGGUGUAAUUUGGGAGACGGAAUAGAAAAUCUAUACCGCAACUUCCAGAUCACCUUUGUUAAGUUAUUGUCAGGCGUAAUUGAAUUUUCACGAAGUAGAAUCGAAGGAAGAAAAGAGAAAGAUAAAAUUGAACGAUAAAUAACAGUAAUAAAUAAUAUUCAUAGAACCGUGUUUAUCACAUGUUAACAAUGAAAACUACGUUGAUAAUAGUGAAUAUAGGAGUGUAUACCUAACUAUAUGUAUAAUGUUUAAAGAUUAAGCGGGAGUCUUCGUGUAAUCAUUUUUAAAUCAUCGUCGAUUCGAUAACAUAUUUGUAUAGUACAAAUUAUUUUAUUUUUUAACGAUUGAUCUAUCACAAUUACGUACUUCUAGCGAUUAUACCAUAAUUUGAAUAGCGCGUAUUAUGAUGUACCCUCAGAUUAUUGUAAGUAGCGCAAUUUAUCGUGUGCGAUGAUUGUGCAGAAAGCGAAGAGUCGGUCCAGGAUCACUUCGGCAAAAAAGAUCAGCUGAUCGAUCACCGUGUAUGAUCAAGCUCGACCAUCGUAAAGCGAUCCUCGUCGUAUGUAAGCUUUUCUAGAAAAAGCCGUCUGCACGAGGAUUAAGGAGAAAAAAAAACAACAAACAAAAAAAAAAUUCAAGAACGAAACUUACUACUCACAAUAAUCGACGAAUUAAAAUAUUACACAUACAUGCAACAUUAUAUA